AUGAGUUCUACUUAUUCUAUUAACAAGAGGAGCAGGAUCCAAAGAGCCAAAACAUUCACUGGUUGCUGGACGUGUAGAGCGCGCAAGGUUAAAUGUGAUUUGACUCGACCAAGUUGUACAAGAUGUGAGAGAUCUGGUUUAAAAUGUGGUGGUUAUGAUAUUAAACUCCGUUGGUCCAAGCCCGUAUGGUUUAAUGAAUAUGGUAUUCAAAUUUCAACUGCUAGUAAUAAUCGUAAGAACGUAAACGAAAUGUCGCCUUCACCAGUCAGUGGUAUAAAUGAAGAAAACAACCAAUACCAGAGAAGGAAUAUCAGUUUUGUCAAAUACAAGGAGGAAUAUGUAUUUCAUGAAGAUAUGGACGACGAAUUGAGUAUGCUGCAUGCACCCCCUGCCGAUAAAAUAGAAGAUAACAAGACGUGGAUUAUCAAGAAGUUUGGUGUAUUCAAAGGUUGCGAUAAUGAUAAAGCCAACCAAAUUACAAAGAAAAGAAAGAAAUCUGCCACAAGUGAGACUCCGUCUCAAAGAAAUGAAUGUAGCGGAGCAGAUGAUGAAGAUACCGAACAUUUGUCAUUAAAUAGUUUUGCCGCAUCAGAAUCAAGUGAAAAUCUUGGAGCCAAUAAAAAUGAUAACAAAGUGGAUCAUUAUGAUCGGCGGCUCGAAUUAGAGGAUAGUCUUCCGAAAUCCGGUGGUGGAAUAGUUGGAUUUGAAUGGCUCUUUCCUGAAUUGUUAGAUGAUGUGAUUAUUUCAGCGUUGGCCCUUCAAAGAGGAACUGAAGGGAUAGUAGAAGAUAGAUAUUCGACUGAUGGUAUUUCAUUUCUUCCAAGUAAGGUCUCUACGGUAACAGCACUAUCGAGCGAUCAAUAUCGUAGUCAAUUGCCGUCAGGAGCACCUGAUGCUCGGAACGCCAGUGAUAAUCAAGAUCCAUUGCAGGAAACUUUGGAGGGUUUUUUUACCAGGCCACUUCAACAAGACAAUCGUUAUAAUUUGAGUUUGGAGCCAUCUUCUGUAUCUAUGGUAGAGAUUGGAAAAGAUUUUCCUAGCCAGGAAGGAGUAAGUGUGAAGGAAUCGAAGGCUUCAGUCUCUCCCAACUUAAUUGUCGCAAGAACAAUGACUGAUAUUUUUUGUACCAACCUCAAAACUGGGCAGAUUGUAAAUUACAUAGGAAAUGUUAUUCCUUCUUUAAAAGCUGAAAACAACAAAUUACGUACUCAUGCAUUAGCGAGCCAUCUUAUGAAGUUUUAUGUGAAACAUGUGGCCAGGUUGAUGCCCGCUGUUGCUGUAAAACAAAAUAUUUGGCAGACGAUAUACCUCCCCAGGGCAUUACAAGCUCUAGGAGAACUGAUGACCCUGGGCAAAACAUCUAAUUCAAAAAAUUGCAUGCUAAACACGUUGCUUGCCCUGUCAUGUUUUGCUUUGCAAAAAAAUUACGUGAAUGAUCCUACAAUACGAGGUUUCUUUUUAAAUUUGGGUAUAGAACUACGGAAUCAGGCGGAUAACUUUUUAAUGUUGUGUCUUAAAGUUGAGCAACCCCAAGAGAAAUAUAAAGAAGUGUUAACCUCUCUUAUGGCUAUAAAUUAUGUUGAUGUUGUGUGGGGAAUCGUUAGCAAAUAUCAACCUUACCUAAACAUCUGUGGAGACAUUAUACAAAGGAGAAUGCAGCUGAAGCCCCAUUUAUCUGAAAAAGCAAAGGCCCUUCAUGAGACUCUGGCAUUCUCAAAAAUAGUCCAAGACAGUACUACAUUUGAUGAUGUUCAUGAUAACGAAAUUAUGUUCAAAGCUGAUAAGGAUCAGACACAAUUUACUACCCCUGGCACAGAACAUGAUGAGUCUCUUCUUGUAAAAAACUCAACAAAAAAGAAUAUCGGUACGAAAAGUUCUGGCAGAUGUGAUAUUGAACUAUCUCUAGGGCACUUGGAAGCUAAUGAUAAAAUGUUAACUGAGCCUGGUUCCUUGAAGCAAGACAAAAAAGAAAAGUCCUCUUUUUUUACAACUUUAGCGAGCGAAAUAUUCUUGACUACCAGUCAGAAUCGUAGGCAGGGAUAUAUUUCAGAUUCAUUACCAAAUUCUUUGUUACUUCUCUUCUCCGACUGCGUAAUGAUUGUGAGGCACAUUGUAUACUUUGACAAAAGAAGUAUCUCAAUACCCAAAGAAUUCAGUAAUAUUAUUGGGGAUUAUGAAAAGAAGUUAAUGAAGUGGAAGCCUGAUUGUAAUUUUUAUAAAGACACCAGCACAAAAACUUUCAUUAGCGACAAAGCAGAAGGAAUAUAUCAUCAUACAAUGAGCUUUUAUAAUGGUCUCCUGAUAUAUUACUUCUCAUUGGUGAGACAUUUAACAGAUGAGUCUCUUCAGCCCUAUGUUGUACGAGUAUUAAGUCAUCUAAAGUCAUUGAAUGAAAUAACUGAGGAAAAAGCUUUGAUUAUAUCAACCUCUGUCUGGCAGGGAUUUAUUGCUGGCUGUUCCUGUAUUUCACCAGAAGUACAAAACGACUUCAAGGACUGGGCUACUAGACUGGGAUCAUCCGGUAUAGGGUCCUACUGGGGGUUAAGACAAAUUAUGUACGAGGUUUGGCGAAGAAAGCAAAAUGGUAAAGAGGGUGCUACUUGGUUUUCUCUGCAGAAAGAAAUGAAAAUAAUUUUGCUGUUAUUAUAG